GAUUUGAUGACAUUCAUUAUCUCAUAUAUUUUUCUUCUGAGACUUUGACUCUUUGGGAAGUUGGAGACUUUUGUCAUGCCCGAAUCAAUCUAAGACACGCACAAUCCGGCCCAGCUUUCACGGACUCUUCUCCGCCUCGAGGCGCUUUGUUUCUUUGGAGGAAGAAAGAACAAAAUUUGAUGCAACUAUUGGAGGCUGUGGUGGAUUAGAGUCUGGUUUCUCAAGCAUUUCUGACCCAAAAUCUCAUCUGGGCAGUUCAGUUUCUUCUCAUUUCGGACAUUUGUUGUUGGGUUGAGGUGUUUUCGUUCAAUUUCUCAUCUGGGUGUAUGAGUUUUUGGGACAUUGGCAUUUGAGGAAAGCAAAACAAGUGGAGAUACGAUUAUGAUAUUGAUCCCAAUCUGGAGAGCCGAACACUGAUAAUUCAGGAAGAAACAAUGUUUCCUGGAGGUCACUUCUGCGAGGAUGUGGCUGAGAGUCAUAUUACAUUGGCCGAUUCGGAUGCAGCGACUUCAUUUGCUGAUCUAAGGACUUCUCCCUUUAGAAAAGCUCUUCCUGGUUUAAAUGGAAAUGCAGGAAUGCCAUCAAACAAGAAUGUGCAUGACCUACUUGAGUGCCCCGUCUGCAUGAAUCUAAUGUGUCCUCCAAUUCACCAGUGUCCAAAUGGCCAUACUUUAUGCUCGAGCUGUAAGACUAGAGUUCAGAACUGUUGCCCCACUUGUCGCAAUGAGCUUGGAAAUAUAAGAUGCUUGGCACUGGAGAAAGUAGCAGAGUCCCUGGAUCUCCCUUGUAGAUAUCAAAUUUAUGGUUGCCCUGAUAUAUUCCCCUACUACAGCAAGCUAAAGCAUGAGAAAGUCUGUAAAUAUCGUCCUUACAACUGCCCUUAUGCUGGAGCUGAAUGUUCUGUUACUGGAGAUAUCCAAUUCCUUAUGAUGCAUCUUAAAAAUGAUCACAAGGUUGACAUGCAUGAUGGAUCUACUUUCAACCAUAGAUAUGUUAAGUCCAAUCCCCAAGAGGUUGAAAAUGCUACAUGGAUGUUAACCAUCUUUAACUGCUUUGGCCGUCAGUUCUGUUUGCAUUUCGAAGCAUUCCACAUUGGAACAGCUCCUGUAUACAUGGCUUUCCUUAGAUUCAUGGGUGACGAUGAUGAGGCCAAGCAAUUCACUUACAGUCUCGAAGUUGGUGGCGGCGGCAGGAAGCUAACAUGGCAAGGAAUUCCAAGGAGUAUUCGUGAUAGCCAUCGAAAAGUUCGUGACAGUCAAGAUGGACUAAUCAUCCAGAGGAACUUAGCACUCUUCUUCUCAGGUGGUAGCAGGCAGGAGCUGAAGCUGAAAGUGGCCGGUCGUAUAUGGAAAGAACACUGAGAUGUAUAAUUAAAAGACUUGUUCAAUAUUGUAACCUUUUGGCUGUGAAAAAUAAAAAAUAUCAGAAGGAAAUUCAGGCAUCUGUGUAAAAGGAUCUAUCUAUUGCUUGAUAAAAUUGAAUGAGAAAUGCUCCAGAACAUGCAAUGCAAGUAUGUCAACU